AUGAGCUUCCUCAAAACGCAGUGCCUUCAACUUUUGAUGUCGUCGUUCACUUUCUUGUUCCUAUUUUGUGUUUUAGUAGGUCCUGGUGCCGCAACCUACCUACCUGAGCACAGUCAUCUGGCCGACCAGUUCAUCGGACCGCGUCAAGCCGGAAAUGAGUCUGACUACCCAUUUUUGCGGCCUGCCUGCAAUGACAUCGAUCGCCCGAACUGGGAUCAAUGGCACUCCAGCUGGAAGGGAGAUGUACAAAAAUGGAUCGCAACCGAGCUAACAAACUUCGAAAAGAACCGGGAGGGAGAAAAAGGCUUUCACCAGUAUCUGGUCCAUAAAUACGCACCCAACGCCGGAGACUCGCUCGCGAUAUGCAACGGGCAUCAGGUCUGUGGUAUUGGCAGUUGCCAAAACUUACGCAGCAACUUCACCUCAAAAAGAGAAAAAGAAUUGGCGUAUUACAGCCUCGAGUUAAUAUCGAAUUUCAAUAAUGUUAUUGUGUUCGCUAAAGACCAAGGCCAAAACGCUGGCAAUCGAGUCGAAGCGGCGGCCAAGUCAUUUUUGAAGAAUUUCACUUACGGCGCAACAACAGCUCGAGAAUAUUCCAAAGCCAAGAAAAAGCACCAGCAGAUACAUGCUUGUUUUCUAAUUAUAACCGGGGUAUUUGCAGCCUAUUUUGGAGCCCUUCUCGGUUUUAAUGCAGGUGCUGCAGCAGUUGUGCCGAAGGUGAUUGUUAACUCUGUGCCUGCUAUAUAUGCCGGCGCAGACGGCCUCGCUCUUCAAGCAUAUGAAGAUGCAUCCCAAUGGUUGGAAGGAGCAGAAACUGAUUUCGGUGUUGCUUGGAUGAAGUUAAUGACCGCAUUCGAGUCGUCAAUAAGCAAUACCACAGCAAACUGGCUUGCUGGUGGCAAAGACCGAAACGGUAAAACUAUCGCAGAUAUCGCCGAAUUUGCCGCAUUUUUCCAGGCGCCCUCAGGGCAAGAUUUACAACCGUUGUCCGACUCCAUCACACAACUCUGGAUGGCGGCCGCUGUCAACUAUGCCUGGAAUACCGAGCGCCUGUACAUUGUUGUAACGAAUGCACCAGGGGGCUGCGAACAAGAUACAAGUGGUCCGAUACAAGCACAUGAGUGUCUUGCAGAGUACCCGAAUCUGUCUUUCUGGGUAUACGGUCUUGAUAGAGCAUCCGAGAAAAAGAAAGGGCAUGCUAAUCUCCAUACACCCCCAAGUUUCUUAACGAUGAAUGGGCAAGGCAUGUUCAAAUUUAAUAUGACGGACAUUGUAAGGUCAUCUUUUAUUCGUUAUAAGAAGUUCAAGAACAAAGUGCAUAUUGAUGGGAAAGAAACACUCAAGAACUAUGGCAGUUCCACAGGAAACGGCAGUUCAUACAACGAAGCACUCGGCAUAGCUAUUGGUCUUGCCGGCCCAAAGACUCUGUUUGACAUACCUGUAUGUUUUAAUCCGGGUGGUGAAACAAUUGCGGGUCUCAGCACAGGAAAGGCACGCAAUUACCCCUGUAUGUGUGGGGAUUUCAGUUGGAAGGACGGAUAUUCCGAAGCCAAAGACGAGACAUUUGAUUUCCUAGUGAAAACAGGACUUGGCACAUCCGUCGACUGGGAUCACCAAUGUAUUCAAGAAAAUCAUAAUUGCAAGGAGGGAAAGAGUAAGAUCUGGAAAGGAAAAUUCCCUGACAAGAUGAAGGGCGACAAAUGGAACUCGGACAUCAACGCUCCCUUCAAUAAGUGUCCGAAGCGGGCCGAUUCUAAGAAACGUAAGGGCCAUCUAAACAAGAAAUGGGACAUGGUCGAUCAAAAGGAGUGGGAGGCAAAUUUCCCAGCGAAAGCAGGAAAGGGCGGUGCGACCAAAUCAAUGGCGUAUGCAGACGAUCUGGACGAUUACAUGGACGACGGCAUCCACGAUGACUUUGAGUACAACAUAAAUGAUUCCUUCGACUCUUCCAUGGACGAUCCCGAAUUGCUUUCAAUCGAUCAGUUUUCCUAGAAGCAGCUAUCACUGAAACAACCAGCGACAUAGGCCUCCAUAGCCUCUCUUCGACGGACACAAGGCUUCAUUCAAACACCGUCUGUCAAGCCGUCACUCCUUGUACAUUAUCGCAAGCAGGAAGUACCGUCAUUGAUCACUGUCGCAUCGAGCAUUUUUUUCGCCUUCCACUCUCCCAC